GGGGAAGAUGACCACCCUCACAAGGCAGGACCUUAACUUUGGCCAAGUGGUUGCAGAUGUUCUCUCAGAAUUCCUGGAAGUGGCUGUUCACCUCAUCUUGUAUGUCAGAGAAGUUUAUCCUAUUGGCAUCUUUCAGAAAAGGAAAAAAUACAAUGUACCUGUCCAGAUGUCCUGUCACCCAGAGCUGAACCAGUACAUCCAGGACACCCUGCACUGUGUAAAGCCACUGCUGGAGAAGAAUGAUGUGGAGAAAGUCGUGGUUGUAAUCCUGGAUAAAGAGCACCACCCGGUGGAGAGAUUCGUCUUUGAGAUCACCCAACCACCUCUCCUUUCCAUUAGUUCUGAGUCCCUGCUGUCCCACGUGGAGCAGUUACUGCGUGCCUUCAUCCUGAAAAUCAGUGUGUGUGAUGCUGUGCUGGACAACAACCCCCCAGGUUGCACCUUCACAGUCCUGGUUCACACACGGGAGGCUGCCACAAGGAACAUGGAAAAGAUCCAGGUGAUAAAGGACUUCCCGUGGAUCCUCGCUGACGAGCAGGACGUGCACAUGCACGACCCCAGGCUCAUUCCCCUCAAAACCAUGACAUCUGACAUCCUAAAGAUGCAGCUCUAUGUAGAGGAACGAGCCCACAAAGGCACCUGAUUCCAACUUGCCUUCGAGCCUCAUCUGAUCUUCCAGUGGGAUAAGAUCUGUCACAAAGCAUACCUUGAUACCUGUCUCUUCAGCUGGCCUUCUGGGUGAAUGUAGAGCAGCUGCUGCCUCUUUAUUUCAAGUGCUCUUACCACUGUAUAUAGAACUGACUUGGAAUGUGGAGCCAGAGCCUGUUCCCAUGUUGACUCAUGUGUGACAGUGAGUACAGGUGUUGUGACAGUGCAUCCCUGGGGACAGUCAGUGCUUUGUACCCUGAGCAGGGGCAGCUCCAUUGCACAUGGGCAGUGAGAGACAGUGAGGAGCUGUUACACACUCCACGAGAGCAAUGGACUCGUGCUGAGGGGAAGUGAGGCCUUAUGUAGUGUCUGUCCACUGUGACUGUCCCUUCAAUAAACAUGAAGUUUUACCCCAGUUGAACUGGGCUGAGUUCUGUC